UUACUGUCUUGCGUCCGAUCACGCGCGGCCGAUGGACACGCUUCUCACGUGAUCGUUACAUGCCGAAAUGCCGAGGUCACGUUCUUGUUUACAGGCUUCCCUCAGCUCUUCUGUGUCAGCUCCGACUCUCUCUCGAGUCUACUCAACGACAAAGAUGAACGGACUGCCACUUCAGCUGGCCAGCACUGUUUUUCUUACCAUCCCCACGGAGAUAUGAUCGGCUAGGCAACAUUUCAGCAAGCGUUGCUGAUUGCGCCUGCACAAUGAAUACCCGGCUUUUCCGUUGCAUGAUUAACUUUUGAGCACGUACUGGGUGAACUCUACUUGUGGUUCGAUAGCAUCGUUCCUAUAAAAUGCCAACCCAUCCGGGUAUGCUGGCUUCCCCAUUCAGUGCCACCCUAUCCCCCCACCCGGUAUGCCCUCCGAGCCCAUCGAAGCAGAGCUCGCGUACCCUGCUGCGCUCAGCAGGGCACAGGAGGAGGAAUUCCGACAGCUGGAACACGAGGGCCCACUUCCGAGCCAGACCGCGACGAAACUGGGCUCUUCGUCACACAGUCUCGGCGAUCUUGAAGCCAAUUUCAUGCGCGCGGGAAAGCACGUCGUCAAGUUUGAGCCGGGUGCGGGAGAGGAUCCAAGAGAAUGGAGCUUGGGACGGAAAUGGUAUGUGACGAUGACAACAGCAUUCUUAUGCCUGGCUGUCGCUCUCGGUAGCUCGAUCAUCACCGGAGACCUACAGGGACCCGUGGCCGACCUGCAUACGACGCAAGAGACCGUGAACCUGUCGGUGACAUGUUUUGUGAUCGGUUUUGGCGUAGGACCCCUUUUCUUCGCGCCACUUUCGGAGGUCAUUGGAAGAACGCCCAUCUACGCGAUCAGCAUGUUCUUCUACUUUAUCUUUACAAUGCCCAGCGCCCUGGCGCAGAAUGCUGCUACGCUCGUCGUCGCGCGACAGCUGGCCGGACUGGCUGCUUCGGCACCCAUGUGCAAUGUCGGUGGAAGCGUGGCCGACGUGUGGGCUGUCGAGGACCGAGGAUUACCAAUGGCGUUUUUCUCUGCUACGAUCUUGACCGCUGGUGGGAGGCUGGAUCGGAAUGUACGCCGGCUGGCGGUGGAUCUGUUCGUGACUUCAUUCGCUUCAUUGAUUUCAUUUUCUCAAGUGCCUGGACAAGACUGGGUCCUUUUCAUAUUCACUGGUCUAACUUUCGCCAUGACCCUCUUCAUCCCUGAGACAUUGUCACCUGUGCUCUUGAGACGUAAGGCUGCGAGGCUCCGCAAGGAAACUGGCGACGACAGUUACCGAUCGCUCGGCGAACUGGAGCAUAUACCCUUCUCCCAGACCCUGGGCACAGCUCUACUUCGUCCAGUGAUCAUGGUCUUCACUGAGCCAGUGGUGCUCUUCAUGUCCUUUUAUCUGUCCUUCGUGUACAGCCUGCUCUAUCUUUUGUUCUUUGCCUAUCCUAUCACGUUUGCCGAGAUCCGAGGCUUUAGUCCCGGUAUGACCGGCGUCACAUUCGUCAGCAUCAUCGUCGGAAUCUCCAUUGCGAUGGUAUGCAUGCCUCAGCAGGAGAAGCUCUACGCGCGCGUCACUGUCUAUGGCACAUUUCCCGAAGCACGUCUGUAUCCCAUGAUGGUCGGGGCGAUCGUCCUGCCCAUCGCCUUGUUCAUCUUUGCAUUCACGGGCGCCUAUUCUUGGGUCAACUUUAUGGGGCCAUGUGUUGCCGGCGCCCUGUUUGGUUUUUCGAUGAUCCUCAUCUACGUGUCGGCCAAUUCCUACAUCGUCGACUCGUACUCGUCCUACGCAGCCUCCGCCAUCGCCGCAAAGACUAUCAUGCGUUCCCUCAUCGGGUCGGCCGUCCCGUUGUACGUCAACCAGAUGUUCGCCCACAUGGGUUUCCAAUGGGCUGGUCUGCUCCUGGCUCUGAUAUCGCUGCUCAUUGGGCCCAUACCCUUCGUGUUCUACGUCUAUGGAUACAGGAUUCGUCGGGGCUCUCAAAGGGCUUCGAAGAACAAGCGGAUGGAGCAGGGCGAAACAAAACACUUAUCGAGCGACGCGAAGGAUGUCGCAGUCUUACACCGUCUUAUCUUCCGCCAGCCGUCAUCAGCCAUGGCGAUGCAGAAGAGUUGGGUGCCCCGCCUCCUCUACUACCCCCUGACGCUAGCACUCGUGCUCACAAGUCUCCGCCUCGUCUACAAAACGCGUCGAACGACACCUCAUAGUCUAAUCCCACCGUCUCUGAGGAUCCCUGCGCAAUGUACAGCUAUUCUCGCGCCGAUUCUGCCUUCAGAUAGCUAUCCGACGGACCGCAAGACGUCAGACCGAUACGUCCCAGGCACGCGACCGGUACUACUGCGUAAUGCGACGCUUUGGACAGGAAGGGACGACGGGCGGGAGAUCAUUCGCGGCGCGAGCAUUCUACUCGAUCAGGGUCUCAUUGUGGCCGUGCUUCAGGAAAUGCCUGAUGUUCAGGGUCUGGCGAAGGAGCGCGGACUGGAGAACAUCGAUGUGGUCGAUGUGCAGGGGAAAUGGGUUUCACCCGGAAUCGUCGAUGCACACUCGCAUCUCGGUGUCGGGAGCUCGCCGUUCUUAUCUGGUGCGCUGUAUCUUCUUUUCUUCAACAAAUUGGCGCUGAGUGCAAUGACCCAAGGCUCGUCGGACGCCAAUUCGCGCAAAGCUCCCAUCCUUCCUUGGCUGCGUAGCGUCGACGGUCUCAACACGCACGACGACGCGUUCCGGCUGACGAUGUCCGGCGGUGUCACGACGGCGCAGGUUGUGCCAGGUAGCGCGAACAACAUCGGCGGUCAGGCAUUCCUCAUGAAAUUGCGACCCACAGCAGAACGGUCCACGUCUUCGAUGCUCCUCGAACCGCCGGGCAACUUGUAUAUCAACGAUACAAACGCCGAUCAGCGACCCCGGUGGCGGCAUAUGAAACACGCGUGUGGCGAGAACACACUCCGUGUUCAUUCGCAAACCCGCAUGGACGCCACAUGGGAGUUUCGGCGAGCCUACGACGCGGCGCGUCAGAUUCGAGACGCCCAGGACGCCUUCUGCAAGGCUGCUCAGCAAGGCUUGUGGGACGGCGAGUCCGAGUUUCCGGAGAGCCUCCAGUGGGAGUCGCUGGUGGAUGUCCUCAGAGGCCGUGUCCGGAUAUCUACCCACUGCUAUGAGCCAGUGGAUCUGGACUCUCUCAUGCGGCUCACGAACGAGUUCAAGUUUCCGAUCGCGUCUAUUCAUCAUGCUACAAGCACGUAUCUAGUUCCAGACCUCAUCAAAACGGCCUGGGGAGGGCCACCAGCCAUUGCGAUCUUUGCGUCUGACUACAGACCGAAACGCGAGACCUAUCGAACAUCUGAAUUCAAUGCCCGCAUCCUUUCGGAACACAACCUGUCUGUGGUCAUCAAGUCCGAUCACGCUGUGACAGACUCGCGUUUCCUGAUGUUUGAGGCGCAGCAGGCUCACUAUUUCGGACUUGCCACGGCGCUUGCUCUGUCUGCUGUCACUACGAAACCUGCCGCUGCAUUGGGGGUGGAAUGGAGAGUUGGACUGGUCGCGGAAGGUUACGAUGCGGAUAUCGUUGUCUGGGACUCUCACCCACUGGCGAUCGGUGCCAUUCCGGCUCAGGUCUAUAUCGAUGGGAUCCCGCAGAUCGAAAAGCCAUUCGUGACACCCAAGCCCGCGUCUUUGCAGAAUGCGCCGGCCACCCCGAACUGGGACAAAGAGACUAACAACACGCUCGCGUUUGACGGACUCCCGCCUCUCGAGGGUCGCUUGAAUCGAGGGCUAGUCAAGUUCGUCGGCGUCAAGAGCUUGUGGACAAGGAGCGUGGAAGGCAACGGCCUGGACCGAAACACCGGCUAUGGUGGAAAUACAAGCUUCAGUGUGAUUGUGGGGAACGGCAAGGUGUUAUGCAGCUCGGAUUCUGCGUGUGCUCACUUGGAUGCUGGCGAUAUCGAGACUGUCGAUCUCGAGGGAGGUUCGCUGUCUCCAGGACUUACGUCGUUCGGAACCAAUCUCGGGUUGAGCGAGAUUGAGAUGGAGCCUUCUACGAUGGAUGGGGCGGUGUUUGACGAGUUGCGUGGGCCGGUCCCAAGUAUUCUGGGACACAGCGUCAUUCGCGCAGUCGACGGACUUCAAUUUGGGGGUCGGCAUGCGCUACUUGCCUACCGCGCCGGAGUGACUACCGGGAUCUCUGCGCCAAUUGGGCGGUUCACUCGGGGCAUCGCCGCUGCAUUUGAUCUGGGUGCUAGCCAUGGUUUGGAUACCGGCGCUGUAGUCCAAACGGAGACCGCAUUGCAUGUUGGUGUCAGCUUGAGCUCGCGGCUGAGCGUGAGCACGCAGAUUGCGGCGUUGCGAUUGGCCUUGUCCGUGGGGGAUGGUCCGUGGGUACGCGUCAGGAAGGCAAGUCUCAUUGCCGUGUUGGAUACGAUCAGACCGAUUGAUUGCCAACAGGGUGAGAUCCCUCUCGUAGUAAUGGUGCACAACGCGGAUAUCAUGGCCACGCUGCUGAUGGUCAAGCACGAGAUCGAGGCAACGUCGGGAAGCGCACUCCGCAUGACCUUCGCUGGUGCUCUCGAAGCACAUCUCCUUGCCAAGGAAAUCGCCGAGGCGAACGUUAGCGUCGUCGUAUCCCCCGGGAAACCAUUUCCGGGCGCAUUUGAGAUGCGGAGAAGCAUGCCGGGGCCGCCGCUCACCGGGGAUUCGUCGUUCACCAUCCUCCUCAAACACGGAGUCAACACUGGAAUCGGAAUCAACCAAGUAUACCUCGCUCGCAACGCAAGAUUUGACAUGUCCAUGACCCAGCUGAACUCUGCCGGGAUGAUUGAUCAAGCCGCAGCAUUGGCCAUGGCAUCCAUCAAUGUAGAACGAGCAUUGGGCCUGAAUCCGCCUGCGUUUGGAAUGGAGGACUUGGUGGCUUAUCGAGGCGGGCAAGUAUUCGACAUGGAGAGUAAGGUUGUGGGCGUCGUUUCUCCGCGUCGUGGAGCCGUGGUUUUGUUCUAGUGCUGUAGCUUACACGUGAUCGUGUUCUGCCAGCGUCCAUGUCACUGUCAAAUCAAUCAAAUGAUGGGACCUUCUUCUGACUGCUCGCAUGCAUGGCCGUUUGGCUGUUUCUGUUCGGCUGAGGCUUCGAAAAUCGAACGAGCUGGCCCCUUCGGACAGAACAGCUUCUCUGAAACCGUCCUAGAAGACAGGAUAAGAUGUCCGUGAAGUCACCGCGCAGUCCCUAGUCCGUGGAGAGUCAGGUCGGAACAGUGGCGUCCACCAACUCGAUCGCGACAACUCGGUUUUUUCGGCUGCAAGAGAUCCCACCACACUCCUUUCUAGUUCCCAUGCGGACCCCGGCACGAACCCGUCCUGUCUUGUGCUCGACAAUGAUGGCGACUAGUCCACUCCACGCUCUUUUCCGACGACGCUCCCUUCGUAAACCCGCCUUCGCCUUCGCCCUGUUCAUCGUAAUCCUCAUACUCACACACUUCUUCCGCGACGAGUCCGUGUUUCUCGAUGCCGAGCAGACCACCCGGAUCGCCUUCCAGCUUGCCAGCCGCCGUGCACGAACCGUGACCAAGACACAAGUGCAUUUGAGGACGGAGACGGAGACGAUGACCCAUUGGGCCGCGCAUACCCAUACGCAGACACUCACGCAGACGGUAACGCAGCUGGGACAUCGCGCGCUGCCGACGGAUGUGAUUCCCCCCAUGCCAUUGAUGGAUGACGACGUGCAGCAGGGUGUCCUCCGCCUCCCUGAGAUGCCCGACCUUCCUGGUUUCGGUGCCGGUGUUGAUGCGCAAGCGGCACAAAUCCAGCAUAACCACACCUUCCUCCCCAACGGCAUCCUCAUCGUCAACCCCCUCGCGCCGCACCCUAUUCCCAUCCUCAUCGAUCGAGCCACUCGAGCAUGGGAAGCAAAGCUUGCCAAUGCGAGCACGUCUUUGCGGGGUGCCGUUGCCGAGUACACCCGGCGCUACGGCCGCGCGCCGCCGCAGGGCUUCGACGUGUGGUGGGGCUACGUCCAGGCGCACGCCGUGCAACUGCCGGAUGAGUACGAUCAGAUCGAGAAGGAUUUGGGCGCGUUCUAUGGCGUGCGGCCGGACGUCCUGCAGCAGACGCAGAGAGACUGGGAGGCCCACCGGGACUCAUACACAAUUGGGGUGGACGACGACGGGUGGGAGGAGGAGCUGGAGGAAGACGAGUUGCUCAAGGACAGAGAGCGGACGCGGUUCCGCGUGCUGAAUUACACGCUGCCGGCUGACCCGAACGUCCGCCACGAGCUGAUGCUCGGCGCGUUCCAGGUUAUCGAUCUGCUCGAAGAGGUCGAAUGGGAGUUGCCAGAGUUCAGAGCCGUGUUCAGCCCUCACGAUAGUCCCAAUAUCGUUUCCGAUUGGGCGUUGCUACAGGAAGCACGAGCCGCAGCGAAGGCCGGCAAGCAUCUGGACCCAAACCAGCCACCAGCUCACAAACAAGGCUGGGUAUCUGCUUGUCCACCCUCGUCACCAGCGCACCUAGCAAUGGGCACUGAUGAACUGCCACCUCCAUUUGAGGGUCAUCGACCUAAUACCGCCCCUCCCAGUGUCCCCGGCGGUGACCCUCGGACGCGUGAUCAACCCAAAUCGUUCAUUCAUUCGCAAAAAGAGACCACGGAUCCUUGCCUGCAUCCUGCGCUCAUGCGAAAGCACGGUGCCUACCUACCCCACGGCGAUGGACCUGGCCCAUAUCCAUCUCUGAUCCCGCAAUUCAGCUACAGUGUCACUCCCCUGCACAGCGACAUCCGGACCGCGAUGCCUCUGAACUGGGUAACCGACGACUUUCCUCCGCAGGCCGAUCUGCCCUGGGAACAGAGAACAGACGAACGGUUGCAAUGGCGGGGGAGCAACACCGGGAUCUGGCACUCUUCCGAAGGCCGAUGGAGAGAGUCACAUAGGAUACGGCUCGCAGCGCUGACGUCGGGAAUGGGCGCCCCGAACGUCAGUGUUUUGCUGCCCAGCGACGACUCGGCUGUGGGUGACCCAGUCGAUGUGCCCAGAUCGCGGUAUGUGAAUGCGCUGUUUGACGUGGCCUUUACAAACGGGGGGACGCAUGGAGGCGAGCGGGGCCGGCCGAGUAACUGCGAACCCGGUCAGUGUGAAGUGCUCGAGAAGAUGUUUGAGUGGCGGACUCCGCAUAACUUGGAAGCGGCCUCAAAAUACAAGUAUAUCCUCGAUGUCGAUGGCCACGGCUGGUCUAGCCGUUUCAAGCGUCUGAUGAAUUCUGGAUCGCUCAUCUUCAAGGCCACGACGUAUCCAGAAUGGUUCAGCGACCGAGUGCAGCCAUGGGUCCACUUCAUCCCCGUUCAAAACUCGUACUCGGACCUCAUCGACUCGCUCGUCUUCUUCCGAGGCGAUCCCAGCGGCCGGAAUGCCCACGACCAUCUGGCAAAGAAGAUCGCCGCCGCCGGCCAGAAAUGGAGCCACGCGUUCUGGAGGAAGGAGGACAUGGUCGCCUAUAUGUAUCGGCUGCUCCUGGAAUACGGGCGUGUCAUGAGCAGCGAUCGGGAGGCCAUGUCUUUCGAAAUGUGGGACGAUCGAGGAGACGACGAGAGAAGGGAGGCAGCGUUGAGAGCCAGAUGGUUGUAAAAGCUUUGUCUUUGUUGUCAGGAUUUCUUUACGGGGGAGGCAUCCCAGUCGCAUUCAUAGACUGUAUUCCGAUCGCGGACUGUCCAUUCAUGUGGUACACAUAUGUAUAAUAAUACGCACACUCCUUACAACUAACUACAAGUCGUUCGCCAACACCUAAACCCUG